AUGGAUUACUCCAGCAUUUCGCAAGACCCCGCGGGCGCCUCCCCAUGGGCCUCCCCUCGAGCUACAGAAGCCCCCUACCCUCCCUCGAGCACCAGCGAAAUUCCGCCUUCGCCGCUACCCCCACAACAUCAGUCUCCGUACGAUGCGGACGGAGAUUCGCACGCUGCCGGAGUUUCCGAGAAUAGGGCACCUGGAGAAGGAAAUGGUGACUCACCAAGUUUGGUGGAGCGAGUACAAAACACGCACAUAGGCGAAACUGGUCACUCUGCAGAACAACAACCACGAUCGCAGGUCCCCGCACGGUACCAAACAGGUGCUCGGCAGAAUGCGAGACAACCGGCCCCAGUAUACAAGAUCCAGGCCAAGAUAACCGCCCUAGAAAGAACAGGCAAAAAGGAUCCUAUCCUUCGAUUUGAUGUACAUACCAAUAUGCCUAAGUUCAGAACUACUCAGUACCGCGACGUUAGACGGACUCACUCCGAGUUUGGCAAGCUUGCCGAUCAUCUUAUUUCGGCUAAUCCCGAGGCCUUUGUUCCUGCUGUACCGGCGCCCCUGACUCCUGCUGGAGCUGGGACCGACGAGGACGAAUUCCGCGUGAAGGCCUCCAUGCAGCGAUGGCUGAACACUAUACUGAACAAUGAAGUUCUGAUCCAGGAUGACGAGAUUGUCUUGUUUGUUGAAAGUGACUUCGGUUACAGUCCCGUUGUUCGCAUGAAGCAACCCGCAACAGGUGUUCGAAGGAAAGUCUUGAAGCAGUUUGCACCGCCGCCUGACGACACACCGGAGCUGCAGAACGCGCGCCCGGUGGUCAAGAUGUUUUACCUCGGAACCAUGGAUGCGAGUCACAAAGUUGACCGUGUAGUCAAGGCUCGGCGAGGCUUGGGUCUCGCGGAGUCAGACUUCGGCGUUAAGGUUGGGCAGAUGCAUGUCCAGGAGACACAUCCUGGUCUCUCUAACGCCUACCGGAAGCUAGGGAAGGUUAUCCAAACGGUUGGAGACUACCAUGCGGUUCAGGCUACUGCCGAGGCAACCACUCUCGGGGAUCCCCUGAGUUACCACUCAUCCGACGCGCUUAUUGUCAAAGAGACGCUAACUAACCGCCACAUCCUGCUUCGGGAACUGAUCCAAGCUCAACAGGCAACGCGCAGCAAACGCGCAGCAGCGGAUCGACUGAAGGUCAGUUCGUCAGUUCGACCCGACAAGGUGGAUGAAGCCAUUAGUGCGCUUGACGAAGCCCAGGGCCAAGAGGACUAUUUGACCAAGAAGACGCAACGAGUAACAUCGAACCUUCUGAACGAAAAGCGCCGCUGGUUUGAACGGACAUCCAACGAUGUCUGGUUGAGUCUACGUGAAUAUACACUGCGACAGAUCGAGGCCGAGCGGAGGACGCUCGCGACACUGGAGAGCGUAAGACCAGAUAUCCGCUCAAUUGACGCCUCCGGGGGGCUUAGCCGCUUGGGCCGUGAAAGCCACCCUACUGGGCGACGCCCAAAUCUCGCUUCAAGCCAAGGCCCCAAGGGCGAUGCUUGGAGUGGAAUUCCGCGUCGCAGCGACAGCCUCGGGCGCAGCCUCAGCGGCAGCUUCGCCGCUCCUGCUCCGGAGGAGGAUGAGGAGACAAAUGGACAAGGAGCCAAGGGACGUCUUCGCUCUCCCAGUGGCGUCAGCUCAAUUGUUGAAGAUGAUGAGGACCGUCUCGAUGCCCGGAAUGCCGCCAGCAGACUAGCAGGCAGUACUUUCUGA